AUGGAUAUACCGAGCAGCGGUGCGAUAUUUACGCUGGGCAAAUCGCAUUUGGCGGAAAAUACGCAAAGCUAUUUCUAUAUCAAAAACGAUCCGGUUAAACGUUUGAUAUCCGGUCCGCAUCAGAGUGCGGUUAUAUGCGAAUCGGGACGUCUUUUUGUUUGGGGCGAGAAUCACUAUGGUCAGCUGGGCAUUGGCGGACAUGGCAACAAAAACAACAACAAUAGUAAUGGUGAUAUAGUCAGCAAACCGACCUGCGUCAAGUCGCUUAAAACUUUGGGCUUAAAGAUCAGCGAUGCAGCCUUCGGCAACAAUUGGGCCGUGAUAUUGACCCUUUCGAAUGAGAUAUUUUUUACGGGUCGCAAUAUAUACCCUUUGGAUACGCACGUGGCGCAGCAUUUUAUAGAUGCGGUUGUCGAAGAGGAGCCAUGUGCGAUUAUUAGAAAGCCCUUUCGCUUGGAGGAGUUUGAUGAUUAUCUAUCGAAGAACGAGGAGACGGACAACUUUGUGGCGCUGCAGGCGGGCAACGAGCACUUUGUGGUGCUAACCACCAAGGGUCGCUUGAUUGGCUGCGGCUCGAAUGAGAAACAGCAGCUGGGGGAUCUGGAGACAGACUAUGACGGGCAUCCCGUGGAGAUACGCCUGGAUGCUCCAGUGCAGCAGUUUGCCUGUGGACCAGAGUCCACACUGGUGCUCACGGGUAGUGGGAAUUUAUUUCUCACCGGUCGCCUCAAUGAGUUUGUCUUUCCCAAGUUUACGGAACUGCAGAAGAAUCUCUCCCAGACCGAGCAGAUCAUCUUCAUGCACAUAUCCAAGGCGAGCGAGAUCUUCAUAGUGACCAACGUGGGCAGCAUCUAUCGCAGCUUCGAGUCGGUGCGCAACAAGAGUUUGGUCUUUCAGCGCUUCUAUGACUACGAUAGCGAGGAGAAUGGACCCAUUUGGAAGCUUCUCAAGGGCUCCUCCUUCUAUGCGGUGCUGAGCAAGGCCAACAAGUUCUUUACCACUUUUUCAGAGAGUGGACAUCAUCUGAAAACAUUUCGCGAGAUCUCCAAGUUCAAGAAUCUGCGUCUGCUCGACAUAGCCGUUGGCGACCAGCAUAUUCUGGUACAGGGCUUGCCCAGAUCAUCCAAUCUUUCGGCUACAGUCGGAACGCCAGCGGAGCCGCACAGCUAUAUGAGUCGCAGCUUUGUGCUGCAGCCAAGGGAUCUGAAUGGCAAUGUGGAGAUGCGUAGCGCCAGCGGCAGAAGUCUUUCCAAGCAAAAAGCAUUGAAGGAGACGGACACCGAAACGGACAGGGAACAAGGAUUCAAUGCAAUGGGCGCAAGCGUAGCAGCAGUGGGUGCAGCUGUGGCCACGCUGGAGGCAGUGAAGCAUAUUUCGGAUGAGCAGCAAAAUGGCACAGAUGAGCAAGAGGCUAACGCAGAAAUAGAACAGAACCAGGAGCCGGAACAAAAUGCAAAGAUAGAGGCAAUAAAUGCUGAUGUGAAGGAAGCGGAAGUAAAGGCCGAUUCAAAAGUAGAAGAGUUAGAUGGAAACAAGGAGCAGCCGUUGCUAGAACAAGAUGUAGAGAAGCUGGAGGCAACACAAACUGAAGCUGCCACAAACGGAGCAACUACCCCAAAAGAGAGAGAGCAAAUAGAGCCGACAGCACCUGAGGAAAGUCCAAUUAAACAGCCCACAAAUCAAACAGCAGCAGCAACAGUGGAGACCAUAACAAAGCUGCCAACGCCACCUGCGGAUACGCCAUCGCCCAAGAAAUCAUCAACAGAAUCGUUAGAUUCAAGCGACUUUCCGUCCCAGGAGCUGGCCACACAGAGCAGCCAGGAGAAGCAGCUGCGUCCGCAUACUCCCUAUCCGGAGAGCAGCAAUGCGAGUACACCACAAACUAUUAAGAGAACGCCCAUCCGCAACUUCUCCUACGAGGCGGCCAUGAAUCACGAUGAAAUCGAGAAAACCUCGCCCGAGCUGGUGGACAGUCUGGAUACAGUCGAGGAGAAUUCGCUGAAGGAAAAUGCCCCGCAAACAGAAAUACAAAUAUCCACGCCCACGCCGCCAACCGAGGAGGACGAGCAACUGGCCGUUGAAAUAACGACCACAGAGGAUGCGCUGGACAGCAAUAAGGUAGUGAAUGAGAUACGUUUCAUUAACAAUGGCGUCGAUGUGACAGCCAAGGUUGAGGAGCAAAUGCCUGACACACCAUUGGUCGACUCCGUGGAGGAGCUGGAAUCGGACGGUGAGCAAAUGAUACACGAGCUCGAGCAGCAUGUAGAUAAAGUGGUCGCAGAACAAAAGACAGAGGCUAUCAAAGCCACGGAAAGUGUGGGCAAUGCCAUCGAAUCCAAGCUGCUUGAGACGCGCGAUUCUGUGCAGAUGGCAAUGCACAAUGCGGCGACAGGGGCACGCGAUACUGUUGAGGCUGCGGGCGAACGCGUGGUAAAUGGUGCACGUCAAGCGGUCGAUGCAGCUGGCAAAGGUGCCCAGCGUAUAGCUGAUGGAGCCAGAGAUGCUGUCGAUGCGGCAGGCAAGAGCGCACAGCGCAUGGCCAGCGAUGCCAGACAGUCCAUGGAGCAGGCGGGCAGCACAGCUGCCAAAGCAGCAGCAAACACAAAAGAAUCCAUGGGCAGGGCCAUGGACUCAGUGACCAGUAAGAUAUCCAGCGAAGUGCAUGGCGCCAAGGAAAACAUUUCCUCGCUGUUCCAAAUCAAGGCGGCUAAGGAAACACGUCCUACGCCAACGCCUACUUCGACACCGGAAGAAGCUGGACCGCAGAGAAGCAUUGAAACAGCUGGCUCUGGCGAUGUAGGGGGCGAGGGAGAGGAGGAUGAACGCACCACGGCCUCAGUGAACUCUAAUCACAACUCCGCGGGCCCUGGCAAUGGCAAUGGCAAUGCUUACGAGCCCAUGAACAGCAACAGUCAUGCCUUUGAGGAAGAUCCACUCGAUGCAGUAGUGGAGCGUGGCAAAAAGGCGAUGCAGGAGGAAUUGCGCGCCCUAGAAGAGCAGCGCGCCCAUUCACAUGUCCAUAACAAUAUCGAGCAGCGGCGGCAGAGCACGGAAAGCAAAGGCAUUAUCCAGCAGUUUCUAGACGGCAUGCGUCUCUCUUGCCGCAACGAGAAGGCCGUGCAAAUUGAGGAUGAGGCACCACCGCAGUCGCAGCCGUCGCACUACAGCAAGAACAAAGUCAACAGCGAGCUGAGCCUGCAGAAUGGCCAAAAUGGCGCACAGCAAUCGUCACGCGUGUGCACAAUUUUAUAA